GCAUUCCUCUCCUCACCGGCUGUCAUGCUGACAGCUGAAGGGACAUCUACACUGAUCAUCAGGGCACUGAUCAGUGCCCUGAUGAUCAGUGUAACCCCAUCAGUGCCACCUGUUAGUGUCCAUUAAUGUCACCUGUCAGUGUCUGUCAAUGCCACCUGUCAGUGCCUACCAGUGCACAUAAAUGCCACAUAUCAGUGCCCAUCUGAGCUGCCUAUCAGUGCUAGUCAGUGCCGCCUAUGAGUGCUGCCAAUCAGUGCUGCCUAUCAGUGCCCAUCAGUGCCACCUAACAGUG